UGGCUACUCGCUCAUCAUUAUAUUGCGUGGCAUAUUUGACCAUGUAUAUAUUAUUAUUUUGUUUAGACUGUGAAUCGAAAAUAGAAAUCAUAAGAAUACAUAUAUGUAAUGCAAAGUCAUGGUAUUAUCAUUUAUACUCACUUUGGUUGUUGCAAACUUCCUAAGUAUACAGUUUGGAGAAAGUUAUAUAUAUUUCGCAUUUCAUCAAAAACUUGUAGUCCAUUCUCCACCGGAAAACGUUAUGGGUUUCGACACGGAAUCCUCGGACCGAAUUACACAAGGAGAAGAAGCUAAUGUCGGAGUUGAGAAUCAACCAAGAGAAGCACCAAAUUCAACAUCUCUUGAUCAGCUACAAACUAUCAAGACACGAAACUGGUGGAUUUGGAUCUUUGUCUCUUCGGGUUUGGUCGUAACAGGACGGGUUUUCUCCACCCUUCUUCUAAACUUCUACUUUGUUCAAACAGGACGAGAUGUUUGUGACGACCCAAAACAAUUUAAAGGCACAUGGCUUCAGUCUAUGGUCCAAAACGCUGCGUUUCCAUUUACAGCCUUAUUUGCCUUUUUAUGGUGUUCUCUAUCUUCUAACCAUAGAAAAACUAUCACUUCUUCUGCUUCUUCUUCUGGCAAACUCUUUCUUCUUUACAUAUCUCUCGGGGUCCUCUUUGCUGCUUAUAGCCAACUUUAUGCAAUUGGAAGAACACACUGUAUCUUCUUCUUUUGGAUCUUUACAACACAAUUGAUCUUCACUUCCAUGUUUACAGCAAUCAUCAACAAACACAAGUUCAACCGUUGGAUCAUAUUAUCAGUUAUACUUUCUGGAGUUGCCACAGGCGUCACAUCUUCAGAUGAUGCCUAUAAUCCCUGCGAAGGUGAGGGCUACAAAAUGAGUUACGGUGCGUGGUGUGGCUUCUUUGGCACGGUAGCCUUCUCUUUAUCUCUAUGCAUCAUGCAAUUAGGGUUCGAAAAAGUCAUACCGAAGACAGAGAGUAAAGUUUCCUCGGUGAUGUUGAUGCAAACAUAUGCUUCUAUGAUUGCAACGUUGAUAUGUUUGGUUGGACUAUUCGUUAGCGGUGAAUUCAGAGACAUCAAAAAAGAUUUCGAGACAUUUAAGAAAGGGAAACCACUUUACGUUUUGACUCUAACUGGAUUAUCACUUGCCUGGCAAGUAAUGUCUAUAGGGCUUGUGGGUCUUGUGUGUUUGGUUUCUACUCUUUUCUCUAAUGUUGUCAGCUUCUGUGCAACCCCAUUAGCAAACAUUCUCGUUGUGGUGGCAUUUCGGUUUAUGGAUGAUGACAUUGAAUGGUUUAAGGGAGGAGCUUUGUUAGCUGGGAUACUUGGUUUUGCAUCUUACGCCUAUUCCUUGUACAAGACUGUUAAGAAAAGGGCAAGCCAAAGUGAAACACUGAGAGUAUGAUCUAUGUAUGUUGUAUAUGUAUUGUGUUCUGCUCUUUAGUUGUCUAAAUAGGAUUUUUUUUUCAUUUGUCAGAGUUUAGCUAUAUUGGAUUGAAAAUGUUGAGCUUAUACUA